AUGGACGACAACACCGAAGAUAUCGAGAACAUGUCGCAGAACUUGACACCUGAAGAUAUGACGGCGCUUGAAGAGCUUCUCCGCCGCAAGACCGACAGGGUACCUAACGGCCUCCGCGCCCAGCAGACGCUACCGCUCGAAACCAUUCUCUCUCCUUCCCCGCAGCAACAGUACUUUCCCUAUGAAGUCGCUGCUGUCGCAGAAGGCGCGACAUUUGCCGGUCAGCUCAAGCACCGCGGCGCUAUCGCGCGGGCAAUGCAAUCGUUCACCCCCAUGUCAGAAUGGCCAGUUCAAACCAUACUCGCCUACUUCACUUCCAACGUCAAUCGUCAUAUGUGCUUCUCCCGCUACCUCAAGCAAACGCGUGUUCGGCUAUUGGUCAAUCUGGUGUCACUGCUCAACAAGACUGACACACCCAUGAUGGCGGCUUACACACUAGCCUGCAUGGAAUACGUCCAGCAUCCCAGUCUCGGCGCCCAGUUCGACCCCGCGAAUCCCACAAAGCACCAGUUCGCCUUCGUUCACAUGCUGAAAGACAACCCCGACGAUUUUAUCGUACUCAGCGGUGACUCACGCAACGAAUAUGUCCGAGCGAAGCUGACUACAUACCUCACCGAAGCACGCAAUGCGUGUCCAGAUUGGACUCAAGUACCUCCCCCGACACGCGCCUUGUUCGACUUCUGCUUUAAAGGCGGUCAAGAUCAGAUGAAUGAAAUGGCGCAGAAGGUGCUGACUAAGAAGAGGAAGAGGGGAAAGAAGAAGACUACGCCGUCGGUACCGCAGGGCGAUGUGCCGUUUGUGUAUAAACGUGUACUGCCGUCGCUGUUCGAGUAUGACGACAGUAGGAUCAAGAAGUUGUGUGCUGGGAAUGCGUUGCUAGAGGGACUGAUUGAGGGGAUGCCUGGUGUGAGGGUGUUGGGUGAGGGUGAUGGUGCUAAGGGUGAAGAAUACAAAGAAGCUGUUGAGGGCGGCGAAGAACUCAAGGUAUCUGGAGUGGAGGAGCCAGGUGAGGGGUUUGAGAAGGGCUUGGAUGAAAUGGUAAAGGAGGGAGGUGGUGCUAAGGCUAUGGCGAGUGUGGACUUGACAUCGUGGUAUGACUGGAAAAACGUGUAG